AUGAGUGAUUUGUUCAGUAAGCAACUUAAAAAACAAACUGCACGAGCGAAAGAAAAGUUAUUAGAAGGACUUGGGAAAGCGAAGGCAACACAAGAUGAUGUGUUUGAUCAACAUGCUGCAAAUUUGGUGAAGCAAAGCAAAGCAUGCGAAAGAUUACAUCGUGAUUUGAAGGCAUACGGUGCAGCAUUACGAACAAUGGUACAAGCGCAAAAAACAUUUCGGGAGACAAUACGAGAACUUUACGAGACGGAUUGGCCGGAUCGUGAACAUUUGUGUGCUAUUACACAAUCACUGGAUCUUCAAUGGGAUGAAUUCGAGAAAAUUGUUAAUGAUCGAGUAAUGGGUUCGGUGAAUGCAUAUAUGGCACAAUUUUCAGACUUAAAAGCUAAGGUAGCAAAACGAGGAAGGAAACUUGUUGAUUUUGAUGGCGCGCGGAACAAUUAUGCAACCGUGAAAGCUAGUUCCAAAAAGUUAGGCGAUGAUGAUCCAAAAGUAAUGAAAGCAUUAGCAGAUCUACAACAAGCCGAAGCCCUAUAUAAAGAAUUGAACAGAGAACUUGUUGAUGCAUUGCCUGCCACAUACGACAGCCGAAUAACAUUCUUUGUUGAUACACUUCAGACAAUUUUUAACGCUGAAAGUACCAAUCAUACCGAAUGUGGCAAGAAUAACAAAACUCUUGUUACCGUACUGGAUAAUUUGGGAAACUCAUUUGAUUCUCUUCGUGUUCCGCGAAAUACAUCGGAUCAUUCAGUAACACCUCCUUCAACUGAUGAACAAUCGAUUCCAGUCGAAGGCUUACCACUACAAAAACCCGAGGUGCCAGUGCGAGAGUCUCAACCAACAUCCCCGCGUAUUUUAUCCGAGGCACUUCUCAACAGAUCCGACGCUGAGCAUGAUGAUGAAAAUAUAGGAAAAAAAGUUUAUCCAAGUUUGACUGACGCACCACCUGCUGCAGCUGUUAUUCCUGCUACCGAGGAACGAAAUGACAAAAAGUUGUCGGAAAAAUCAUCAGCUGUUGGUGAUGGUGUUGGUGAAAAGGAUUCGAAAGCCUCGUUAAAUCCAUUUGAUGAUGAUGACGAUGAUGCAAAAAAUCCGUUCAGUGAAAGUGAUAACGGGAAACAACCACAUCCAGAACCACGCUCACCACAGAAAGGUGAAAGUCGUCAAGAAGCGAGUGGUGAUCGAAAGAUUUUGUACAAAGUUCGGGCAACACAUCGCUAUACCGCAGAAGAUACCGAUGAACUUACUUUUGAUGCAGGUGAAGUAAUAACAGUGCUAGAAGCCCGUGAAGAGGAUCUUCUGGAUGAUGGAUGGUUGUUUGGUGUAAAACAGUCUGAUGGAGUUCGUGGUGUAUUCCCUGCAAAUUUCACGAAAUCUUUAUGA